UCUGCCGCAGAUCUCAUAAGAAGAAGAAGAAGCAGCAGCAGCAGAAUGAUGGACCAAUCACCGUCAUUUACUAGACGGUUUCGAUUUGUAUCUUAGAUGCCAGUCCUUGGCAUUAUUAGAUGAAAUUAAUUUAUUGAGCUAAUUCCGAUAUGAAAUAAUAAAACAUCAAGUAUAAAAACAAACAAACUACGAUUUGAAUGCACCUUGUAGAAGGAUUUCUCUUUUUGAGCCGUCGAGCGUCUCUUGGAAGAAUGUGCAUUACACAUUAGCUAGCAACAACCCAGUGGAUUACAAAAUACAUUUAUGUACAUGUACGACGAUUUAUUAAGUAUACUGGCAUAGUCUGUCGCAUAUGUUUCUCUUUUAGCUGACUUGAUUUGUCCUGAUGGUAUAAGGAACAGAGCUAGAUAAUGUCCCAGCAUGCUCUGCUCUCUGCGGGUUGUAAGGCAUGGCGAUCACUGUCAUGUCCCCGGUCAGAGCUUCGGCUGGAUCUCACUCUGGGAUGCGGUCAGACGUUCCGAUGGCGUGAGACUGCAGAUAGUCACUGGACGGGAGUAAUGCGAGGAAAAGUGUGGACACUAACUCAAACAGAGGAUACGCUGUGGUACUAUGUUUACAGUCAUCAGAUAAAUCCAGGAACAGAAAACAGACAGAAAUGGAAGGUGGAAGAGGAGGAGCAGUUAUUGGGGAAGAUGUCAAAAAGAAAGACUGACAUGAAGCAGGAAGAGGCGGGAUUGUGCAAAGUGAUGUCAGAGACUGACAACAAAGAGGAGGAAUUUCUGAGGGAUUAUUUCCAGUUAGAUGUUAAAUUAGGGGAUCUCUACAGGGAUUGGAGCACCGUGGAUCCACACUUCAAACAUACAGCAAACAUCUUCACAGGAGUGCGUUUGUUGCGUCAAGACCCUGUGGAGUGUCUUUUCUCAUUCAUCUGUAGCUCGAAUAAUCACAUCUCACGGAUUCAGGGCAUGGUCGACAGACUGUGUCAGACACUCGGGACUUUCCUCUGCAAGCUUGAUGACGUGGCCUAUUAUGAUUUCCCCCCUCUGCAAGCUCUUACAGAUCCUAGUGUGGAGAUGCGUUUGCGUGAUUUGGGUUUUGGCUACCGUGCUCGUUUCCUGCAGCAGAGCUCACAAAUCAUUGUGAACUCUCAUGACCCUGACUGGCUCCAGUCGCUCCGCGGCACCCCCUACCUGCAGGCCAGAGAUGCACUGAGAGCUCUUCCUGGAGUUGGUCUCAAAGUGGCUGACUGUGUAUGUCUGAUGUCACUGGAUAAGUUUGAGGCUCUUCCUGUGGACACACAUGUGUGGCAAAUAGCUAAACGUGACUACAGCUUUGCUGCUGGGAGCAGCCAGAAGACUUUGACUGAUAGAGUCUACAAAGAGAUUGGUGACUUCUUUAGAAAACUCUGGGGUCCCUAUGCAGGCUGGGCACAUUCUGUACUUUUCUGUGCUGAUCUAAAGAGGUUUCAGAAGCUGAAAGAAGAGAUUCCUGCACUGAAAGAUGAGAAAACAGACCAGAAGAAAAAGAUGAAAAAGAGAAGACAUGACAGAUGUGAGGAAAAACAGAAAAGAGAAAAAGGCAAAAAGCAACAGAGGACAUAAGAUCAUGAUAACAUUCAUCACUAAUCAACAAUCUGCUUCCAGUGUGCUCUUUUUCAAUAAAUGUGUAAGAGUAUGAAAUACUGUUUUCUAAGUAGAUUGCAGCAGAGGAUCAUUCAUUGGCUGAUUUGCCAUUUCCAGUCCUUAGUAUAUUAUUUUGACAUGUUUUGCUUUUGGAUUUACAUUUAGACAUUAUAAAAUCACUGUUAUAACAUUUUAAAAAAUCACCUUUUCUCAAAGUUCAGCACUGUUUUGUGCUUGAGUAUGAAGUAGCAUAGUUUUCAGAGUCUCAUGGGAUCUACAUGAAUCACACAAAUGACCUAUUUUGAAUUCAAAAUGUUGAUUUUCGGUGAAAGGUAUAGAUCACUGUUAACAAUCUUGUCAGCUUCUUUCAAUUGUAAAUCAAAUGCUCCUUCACAAACAUACUACGACUUUUCUGACCGACAGAGACAGUCGGAAAUGAAUGAAUCAAAAUAAAUGUUGAU